CUCUCAGUCAGACAUUGCCCAUUGUUUGAUCGCUCAAAAGUGGCUGUUUUUAUAUUGAUCAUUUAAAAGUAGAUAUUUUCAGUUUGAUCGCUCGAGAGUGGCUGCCUCCAGUCUAAUCACCCGAGAGUGGCGGCUUUCACUUUGAUCUCUAAGAGUAGACCGUUUCAGCUCGAUGGCUCGAGAGUGGCCUCGUUUACUCUGAACGCAUGAGCUCCCACCUUAAGCGCAAUCCGGUUGCUUUCGAUUGACUGUUUUUGGUAAGACUGCUUAAGUCUUACGCAAUUGCUUGAGGGUGAGUAACUUGUAACUGCAACUCGUAUGAGUUCCACUUUCAUUUUCAUUUUGAGUAUUACGUGUAGUAAAACGACUGCUUUCUACACCUUGGAUUUGCCGUGGAAAACUUUGACUGCUCUUGAAAGAAACUUCGAAGAGGAAAACAAGUGGGCAAAACAUUCCAACCACAACGUUCAUUAUUUAAAAGACGACUGUAUAAAGCAUAGAAAUGUUUGCACCAGACCACCCAAUUUUUAGGCAAGCAAAAGUAUAGGAACAGAGAAGUCUUGAAGUAAGUAACACCACCUCCACCAUGUUUCACAGAUGAGCUUGUAUGUUUUGGAUCAUGAGCAGAUCCUUUCGUUCUCCACGCGUUGUCCUUUCCAUCACUCUGCUAGAGGUUAAUCUUGGUUCCAGAACUUUUGUAGCUCACGUCUGCAUUUCUUUGUGAAUUCCCAAUCUGGCUUUCCGAUCCUUACUGCUGUUGAGGGGUUUGCAUCUUGUGUUUUGGCCUCUAUAUUUCUGUUCUAAAUGGUGGAUCGUGAUCCCUUCACCCCUGCCCUGUGGAGGUUGUUGGUGAUGUCACUGACUGAUGGUUUUUUUCUUGUUCAGGACAUUCCAAAUUGUUGUAUUGGCUAUGCCCAAUGUUUGUGCAGUGCUUCUGAUUGAUUUUCCCUCUUUUCUCAGCUUCACAUUGGCUUGCUUUUCUCCCAAAAACAGCUCUCUGAUCUUCAUGUUGGCUUAUCCUUUUUAAUAAAAAAAAAUAAAAAAAAAAAACAGUCUUCACAUGUGAAUGUGAAGGUUAAAACCAAGAGUAGAUGUUCAGAGAUAUUUAUAGUUUAAGCAAUCAGUUUAACAGUGCUCACUUGGGUAAAAAGAAACACCUGGCAGUGACAUUUUCCAGUAUUUUUGCUCACCUACAAAUUGGGUGGUCUAGCUGUGGUCACGUAGUAAAGUAAGCUGUUUUUCCAUUGAAAAAGCUUUUAGGAAAAUCACUAGGCAUGACUGUAUUUGUUUCCAGCAGUGGUCGGCAUUGCAAAGCAUCGUGGAGGAUAAUAGCGAUGAUUAAACCCCCAGUUUAUAAAGGUAUUGUGACCGUUAUCAAGCGUGUCAGCAGUCUAAAUCAGCUAUGAGUCAUCGAACACGAGCUGUUGUGACUUUGUACCAGUGCCCCAAACUUGUUUGGUAAAGCAUGUAAGCAGGAGCCUUCAUAAACAUCAGUGCCAUGCAGUUUUCUUUUCAAUUAAUGUUUAUUUUAUUGUAACAAGGUACUAGGUUAGCGGGUCAUUUAUCAUCAGCAGGUGCGGAGUGAUGAGAACCGUCUUCCUUUCUGUAAGCCCUACAUGGAUAAUUUGGGUGUUUUGAAACAUUUAAAACCACGUUAAUGUGCACCAGUAUAUUAAAUAAAGCAGCAGACAGUUAAAAUUGUAGUUAAUGUGCAGUUAACAUUUCAUACAAAAUUUAGAGCUUAACAGCAGUAUAGAUAAAAGUCAGCACUAGCAUUUGCCUGGGUUUUAAAAAAAAAAUCAAAUCCUAAAGUAUUUUCUCCAUCAAAUGCUUCUUAUUUCCAAAGUUUUUUUCACAGAAGCUGCCAGUUCACCAGAUGUUCUCACAGUAUCUUUUAUAGCUGUGGCUGCUUCCUAGUAAAGUUAGGGUCUGAUUUCCAGUAAUCAUGAUGACACUCCAACAAGAGUGUCAUUUCCUGAAAUUAGACCACCCCACCCCUAUCUCUGUGUCACUCUGACACGCAAAUGCACACAAAUACAGUCACACAGAUAUUUAUCUGUGCCCUGUGGUGUAACUGUGAAACUCUUACCUGUAGUACUGGUUAUGAGACAGGGAUGAAAUGCACUGGAUAUGAGGUGGAUGGUUUACGUGUGUGUAGACAUGUAAAGGAUCGUCCUGCAUGGCCAAGGCCCCUGUGGUUACUGGAAGUUACCAGAUUUCUUGAAUACUUGGUGGAUUUUUUUGUUGUUGUUGUUGGGAUCUGUCAUGUAUGGAUGACCUGUCCAAUCCGUCUCUGUUCUCCUCUACCCCUGACUCUCUGUCUGAAUAUGCUGACCCUGCUGGCUUUGGCAUCGAUAGCCUGUCCCACAUAGCCAGCGAGGGCUCUGCUGUGACACCAAUGUGGGACACACCUGGACACAGCCAGGGACAGUCGACCAGGUUUCAAGAUUUACAUAAUCAGGACGAAAUCAAUGCCCUCUUGAGCAACCAACCAUUAGCAGCAUAUAAGCUCCCUGAAAUCGGUCAGACUCCACCAGAGGAGGAAGAGGAGGCAGAUGAGGAAGAGACAGAAGAACUCGGACACGUAGACACCUACGCCGAAUACAAGCCAUCCAAAUCUACUAUAGGAAUUUCUCAUCCAGACAUUGUGGUAGAGACCAGCACUCUCUCCAGUGUCCCUCCCCCAGACAUCACCUACACACUCUCCAUCCCAGACAACACUAUCCGGACCGGCAUGCUCUCUGCCCUGCAGCUCGAAGCCAUCAUCUAUGCCUGCCAGCAACACGAGGUCAUCCUGCAGAACGACCAGAGGGCAGGUUUUCUGAUUGGGGAUGGAGCCGGCGUGGGGAAGGGUCGCACCAUAGCUGGCAUCAUACUGGAGAACUACUUAAAAGGAAGGAAGCGAGCCCUGUGGUUCAGUGUUUCUAACGAUCUGAAGUAUGACGCAGAACGAGACCUCAAGGACAUCGACGCCCCGAAUAUUCCUGUGCUCGCUUUAAACAAGAUUAAGUAUGGAGACACAGCUACCUCAGAGGGUGUCCUGUUUGCCACGUACUCAGCGCUGAUCGGGGAGAGUCAGGCAGGAGGACAGCACCGCACACGACUCAAACAGAUAUUGGACUGGUGUAAACCUGGCUUUGAUGGAGUUAUUGUGUUUGACGAAUGCCAUAAAGCCAAAAAUGCGACGUCCACGAAGAUGGGCAAAGCUGUCCUGGACCUACAGAACAAGCUGCCCCGGGCCAGGGUGGUGUAUGCUAGUGCCACAGGUGCCUCUGAGCCAAAGAACAUGAUCUAUAUGAGCCGUUUGGGGAUUUGGGGAGAGGGAACACCCUUCAGGACAUUUGAGGACUUCCUACAUGCCAUUGAGAAAAGGGGUGUCGGCGCCAUGGAGAUAGUUGCCAUGGAUAUGAAAGUCAGCGGCAUGUACAUAGCCCGGCAGCUCAGCUUUUCCGGCGUGUCGUUUCGGAUUGAGGAAAUCGCACUGGACGAAGAGUUCAAGGUGGUCUACAACAAGGCAGCUCGACUGUGGGCUGAAGCGCUGGAAGUGUUCACCAGGGCAGCGGAUAUGCUGGGAUUGGUCUCUCGUAAGUCCCUCUGGGGCCAGUUUUGGUCCUCCCACCAGCGCUUCUUUAAAUACCUCUGCAUCGCCGCCAAAGUGCGCCGCCUGGUGGAGCUCGCUAAGGCUGAGAUGAAUCAGGGCAAGUGCAUUGUGAUCGGGCUUCAGUCAACCGGCGAAGCCCGCACUCGUGAGGUUCUGGAUGAGAAUGAUGGACAUCUAGACCGAUUCGUCUCUGCAGCUGAGGGUGUGUUCCAGUCUCUGGUUCAGAAGCACUUUCCAUUAGAGAAACCGAAGAGAGAAAAGACUGCUGGAAAUAAACGAAAACGAAAACCGAGAGGUCGGCCACCCAAAUUUCCGAAACACUGUGUAGAGGUAGGCGGAGUUAUUAAGAUCAGCGACGGCUCGGAUUCAGACUCUGAGGACAUGGACAGUGACUCAAACUCGUCCCCUGACUCACUGCAAGACAACGAUGACGUCAUCUUUGUUAACCACAUCAAUGGACCUACUGCAAAACUGGAGGAAUUGAAGCAGAAGCUGCUGGCUAAGAUAGCAGAGCUGGGAAAGGAGCUUCCUCUUAACACACUGGACGAGCUGAUCGAUCAAUUCGGAGGCCCAGAGAAAGUGUCCGAGAUGACGGGUCGUAAGGGCCGAGUGGUGCGGCGGCCCGACGGCAGGGUGCAGUAUGAAUCACGUGCUGAACAAGGAUUCACCAUCGACCACGUGAACAUCAAAGAGAAAGAACGCUUUAUGGACGGUGAAAAGCUGGUGGCGAUCAUCUCCGAGGCUGCAAGUUCAGGGAUUUCUCUACAGGCAGAUAAACGUGUGCAGAAUAAAAGGAGAAGGGUGCACAUGACUCUGGAGCUGCCAUGGAGUGCUGACCGCGCCAUACAACAAUUCGGCCGCACUCAUCGCUCUAACCAGGUAACAGCUCCAGAGUACAUCUUCCUGAUCUCCGAGUUAGCGGGAGAGAGACGCUUUGCUUCCAUCGUGGCCAAGCGCCUGGAGAGUUUGGGUGCGCUGACACACGGCGAUAGACGAGCCACCGAGUCCAGAGAUCUGAGCAAAUACAACGUUGAAAACAAAUAUGGCACAAAAGCUUUGGAUAAGAUCACUAAAGCCAUCCUGGGAUACAUUGAAAACAAAGUUCCACCACCAAAAGGCUAUCCAGGGGGUGAAUCAAGAUUCUUUGCAGAUAUGAAGAAAGGGAUGAUCGACGUCGGCAUUUUCUGUAAGGAGCCACGCUUUGGCCUCAACACAGAGAAAGAUUGCACCAUCACUAAAUUCCUGAAUCGGAUUUUGGGCCUGGAGGUGCACCAGCAGAACUUUCUCUUCCAGUACUUCACCAACAACUUUGAAUACCUGAUUGACAAGGACAAAAAGGAAGGCAAAUAUGACAUGGGUAUACUUGAUCUGGCUCCAGGUAAUGAUGAGAUCCAUGAAGAGAAACAGGAAGUGUUCCUGACUCCUGGGAAUCCCCAAGAAGGCCAGGUCAUCCUGUAUAAGAUCAGCGUGGAUCGGGGGAUGCCGUGGGUCGAGGCCUGCAGCAAAGCAGACAAACUGACUGGGGAAAAUGAGGGCUUCUACCUUUCCCACAAGCUGCGAGGGAGCCAGCCGUGUGUGCUGCUGGCAGAGCAAGGUCGAGGACGUAAUCUCAUCGUCUAUAAGCCUAACAUCGGCAGACAAGCCCACCCUGAAAACCUGGAGAAUCUGCAACAGCGGUACCGCAAGGUGACCCCAGAAGAGGCCAAAGAUUGCUGGGAGAAUCAGUUUGUCUUCUCGUUCAAGAAGUGCAGCCAUGCCAACUGGAAAGGUAAGUGUAAGCAGUUGGAGCAGGGUCAGGAGUGCUGGCUGGGCAUGCGUCUGCGGCAGUACCACAUGCUGUGCGGAGCUUUGCUGAGAGUGUGGAAGCGAGUCGCAGAUGUCGUCUCUGACAUCACCAACUCCAGCAUCCUGCAGAUUGUGCGCCUCAAAACCAAACAGAAUAGCAAGCAAGUCGGUAUAAAGAUACCAGAGAACUGUGUUGAGCGUGUGCGUAGCGAGCUCUCUCAGAUGGACUCUGAGGUGAAGCGAGCUCGGCAGCAGAAGGAGCAGCGCGCGCAGGAACAGCGCGUCCUCCAGGAGCGUCUCAGGCUCGAGCAGCAGAAGUUCCUCUACAGCCGCAAGCCCUUCAGUCGCCCUGCUAUGCAUCUACCAAACCCCCCUCCGUACCCAAGCCCACGGCCAGGCUGGGCUGCUCUGCCCAAGAGCCAAGCUGUGGACGAAGUGCUGGACCUCACACUCAGCCCCUGCCCGUCCCCUGAGCCCAAACCCACUCGUGCGAACGGUGUAGCAGCGAGGCUGAAGUUCCCGGAGACGUUUCACCUGGAAGAGCUGAUCUCGCAGGAGCAGCAGAGGGCGAGGCGACCGCCCUUACAUCCCAACAGCUUAGACACACUGCAAACCAUACACACACAGAAGCAGCAGCAGCACACGGUGCUGAGCGUGUUGCAGCAAAACAGGGCGAACCCAGGACAUUUGCUCACGCCGCAGCAGAACUCCGGUCAAUUCAACACGCAGCUGCUGAGACACAACGGGAGCAAACCGGACAUUAACACGCUAACCAACCACGGCAUACGCGUGCAACAGUUUCAGCAGCAUGUAAACUCUGUAUCACGGCCACCUCAGUUGCUUCAGCCCUCCCCUAUACAGCAGGACGCUCAUCAACACUCACUGAUGCACAUGCACACACACAGUUUGCAUACGCAUGUACGGGAAAACCAAAUGCCAGUCAGCGAACCUGCUCCACUUUCACUAAAACUGGCUCAGCAGGGCUCUCUCAGCAAUCAGUCGGUCACGGAAAGUUCUGCGACUCCGCAGGACAACUUCAGUUUCGACCUCGACCUGCUCAGUCAUCCUGCAUACUCGUUAACCUCUAAAGGCCCUCCCUCCCCUUCGUUUUCUUGUCCUUCCCCUGGGACGUCAUCGCUCUUCUCUUCAGACCCCCAGUCGUCUUCCCUCUCGGACUCCAUCUCCCCUUCUUCUCUGUUUGCGCCUUCGUCCGACCGACCGCUUCUUCCGUUACCCAACGGCCACUGCAGCUCAGACGCCCAGGAUGUCCACAAGGCCCUAAUGGCUCGCGGAGGUCCUGUAGACCGCCGCCACUCCGUCAUUCAGUUCAAUCCUCUAGACUGGGACGCCACCUAGUGGCCAAUAAUGCCUGCGAGCUUAUAUCACCACUGUACAUGCACGUGGCAGUACUGUCACUUUUCUUUACUGUGAUCUCAGCAGGUCUGGCUGAGGUAUUUUGCAGUCGGUGUUGUUCUUUCUGCAGUUUGUCCACCCCCAUCCUAGAUCAUUCGUCCACUGGCUGUAGUAUACAGGUGCGUCUCAAAAAAUGUUAAUAUCCUGGGAAAGUUCAUUUUGUUUCCAUUAUUUAAUUCAAAAAAUGGAACUUUCAUAUAUUCUAGAUUCAUUACACAUAAAGUGAAAUAUUUCAAGCCUUUUUUUGUUUUGUUUUAACGUGAUUACGGCUUACAGCUCACGGAAAUCAAAAAUCCAGUAUCUCAAAAUAUUCAAAUAAAGAAUUUAUCAUACAGAAAUGUCUACCUGAGAAGCGCUCUAAUAAGCUAAUUAACUCAAAACACCAGCAAAGGUUUCCCGAGCCUUUAAUCUCUCGGUCACAAUCACGGGGAAGAUGAAAGUAAACGUUGCAUUUCAUUUGGAAAUCAAGGUUCCAGAGUCUGGCGGAAGAGUGGCAAGGAACAGAACCCAAGCUGCUUGAAGUCCAGUGUGAAGUUUCCAGUCAGUGAUGAUUUGAGGUGUCAUGUCAUCUGCUGGUGUUGGUCUGGUGUGUUUUCUCAAGUCGAGAGUCGAUGCAGCGUCUACCAGGAGAUUUUAAGCACUUCAUGCUUCCAUCUGCUGAAAGAUUUAUAGAGACGCUGAUUUCCUUUUCCAGCAGGACUCGGCACCUGCCCACAGUGCCAAAACUACUAGUAACUGGUUUACUGACCGUGGUAUUACUGUGCUUGAUUGGCCAGCCGACUCACCUGACCCGAACCCCAUGGAGAAUCUAUGAGUGACACCAGACCCAACAAUACAGACGAGCUGAAGGCCACUAUCAGAGCAACCUCGGCUUCCAUAACACCUCAGCAGUGCCACAGGCUGAUCGCCUCCAUGCCACGCCGCAUUGAUGGAGUCAUUCGUGCAAAAGGUUUAAAGCCUCAACCGAGUAUUGAGCGCAUAAAUGAACAUACUUUUCACAAGGUCGACAUUUCUGUAUUAUGAAUUCUUUAUUCUAAUAUUUUGAGAUGCUGGAUUUUUUUAUUUCCAUGAGCUGUAAGCCAUAAUCAUCAAAAUUAAAACAAAAAGAGGCUUGAAAUAUUUCACUUUAUGUGUAUUGAAUCUAGAAUAUAUCAAAGUUCCACUUUUUGAAUUAAAUUACAGUGGGGGAAAAAAUGAACUUUUCCACGAUAUCACAUUUUUUGAGACGCACCUGUAGUUCCUUACAAGUGUUUUCAUCAGCAGUGUUUCUUCCUUCACUGAAAUUAAGGUCCAUUCAUUCAGGAUGCUUUCAGGAUACAUUUGGUAGUUUUAUGGCUCGUGGUUUAGGUGAGGUGGUUAUUUUCCCAGUUAAUAAAAAAAAAAAAAACAUUUUUAGAGCGGUACACUAGUUCAGAUUUCUAUGGAAGUCGUAUCUGAAUAUGGUUUAAUCAUCUCAAAUAUGUUGCAAAGCAUUAACUAACCUAUUUAUCACUAUAGAUCACUAUAGCUCCUGGUGCUGCUUCUGAAUGAUGCAGAUUUCCAUAUAUGAUGAUUCUUCCUGGGGUUUUUAUUUAAAUUUUAUUUUUUUAUUGUUGUUACCGACCAAAUGCAAGUGUCAUCACUUAAAUACUGAUCAGUUUGGAUUAUUCAGAACAACUACAGACAUCCUGGAAAACUCUCAUCAGUGCACCUUUUAAACGCUUUUGAAACAUCAAAUACAUUAUGUAUAUUUAUUUAUAUGGUCCUUUUGGGCUUUUGUAACACCUACUCCUGCUUCCUGUUGAAAACUGAAUCAAGACCUGGAAGAAAAUGCCUUUAGCUCAGUCAGUGCCUUUGUAUCAUUUAAGAUGCAGUCAACAAUAUUGUGUGUGUGUGUGCGUGCGCAUGAGCGUGCAUGUGUGUAUGUUCUAUAAAAGCAGAUUAAAUGCGUAUUAUUUAUUAUUGCGAUCAUCAACUUGCACCCUCUACAAAGUUAUCUGCUCUACUUCAUCAGAGGGGCUCACUGACUUAGAAAUUUCUAAUACUGCUGUUUUUAAAUACUGACCCCGUGAAAUUUUUUCCCCCCUAUAAUUCCGUGGGCCUGAGCUUGAGUAGAGGGACGGAAUGUCUGGAAAUAUCUAGGGUAUGAAAAUAAAGCUAACAAACGUCAUCCCUAGGAUAAUGAAGUACUCUAUUUGCUUUACUGCUUGUGUACUUUCUCAGGUAUAGUGUAAACUUAUUACUGUCCAGACCAAUUAUUAUUUAACUCAAAUAAUUAAAGGACCUUUUUUUUUUCUCUCUUUUCUUUUUUUAACUUUGGGGAUUGAACACCAAAUUAUUUAUUAGGCAACUCAGUUAUCUUAAGAGCUUUUUUUUUUCUUUUUUUUUUUUUCUUUUCCUUGAACCAAUUACAUUAUUAAAGACUUUUGACAGUUAAACUACUGGACCUCAUGCUAACCUCAGUCUCCUUCUUGAGGGAGUAAAACAUUUUAGCAAUAAAGAUAAAUUCGCCCCUUGAACAAGUAAAAAAAAAAAAAUAAUAAUAAUAAAAAAA